CUCAUCUUAUUGCGCUUUUCAUCAGUAAGAAACCGUGUUUUCUUUUUUCUUCAAAGUCCAGUUGUUCCUCUCAGUAUCGCCAUUGCUGAUAAACAUUCAGAGAAUCAUUUACUGCACUUGCAAUUGAACAAGUGAGGAGAAUCAUGGCUGCAGAGUUGGUGGUUGGACCUGUUAUCUCUGCUUCCGUUGAGUUUCUGCUGAAGAAGAUCGUUUCUUCGGAAGUGGCAACCUUCUUAAGGGGAAAGAAAGAUUCUUGUUUCGAUAGGCUUCUUGACAAGCUGAAGACAACAUUCCUCUCUCUUGCUGAGGUACUUGGUGAUGCGGAGCAGAAGCAGAUGAGAAACCCGAGAGUCGAGGAGUGGCUGGACAAGCUUCAAGAUGCUUUGGAAGAUGCAGAGGAUCUGUUUGACGAAAUUGAAUAUGAUGCUCUCAAACGCAAGGUGGGAGCAGAGUACAAAAGCAAGGUAAGAAAGUUUUUCUCUAGUUUCAAUUCAACUGAUAAAGAUAGGGAGAAAGAUAUGGGGGAGCUUGUUGAGAGGUUGGAAACUUUUGAAAAACAAAGGUACAUCCUUAAUCUGCAAAAGGGUGUGGAGAGAAUCCAAUCAAAGAGGCCACUUUCAAUAUCAUCCAUAGAUGAUUAUGAAUUUUAUGGCAGAGAUGAUGAAAAGAAAAUUUUGAAAGAAACACUGAUGUCAGAUGAGGUGGGUAGUGAAAAGAUUUGUGUGAUUCCAAUAGUGGGUUUGGGUGGCAUCGGUAAAACUACUCUUGCUCAAGCUGCUUAUAAUGAUGAUGAAGUUAACAAACAUUUUGAACUCAAGGCAUGGGUUUGUGUGUCAGAUGAGUUUGAUGUUUGUAAGGUAACUAAAAUUGUCCAUGAAGCAAUAACUAGAGAUGCUUGUGAUGUUGAGAGCUUAAAUGUGAUGCAAGAGAAGAUACAACAAAGGUUGAAGGAAAAGAAGUUCUUGGUAAUUUUGGAUGAUGUUUGGUGUGAACAAUAUGAUUUUUGGGAUAAGAUGAGGAUGGUUUUCAAAGUGGGGGCUCAAGGUAGCAAAAUAAUCGUCACAACAAGGAGUCGUAAAGUUGCGUCUAUCAUGGGAACUACUAAAGUUCGCCAUCUGAAUGAGUUGAAUGAAGAAGCUUGCUUGAAGUUAUUUGUAAAAGUUGUGUCUCGCAAUGAAGAAUUUACUACGGAGUCAGACUUGGAGAGAAUUGGCAAAGAAAUUGUUAAGAAAUGCAAAGGCUUGCCAUUAGCUGUGAAAGCACUUGCAAGCCUCUUGUGUUUUACGGACGUCAAACAGUGGGAGAGAAUAGCUAAGAGUGAUAUAUUUGAUUUGCCAGUUGGAGGAGAAAAUAUUCUUCCAGCUUUGACAUUGAGUUACUAUUAUCUUCCAUUAUACUUGAAACGAUGCUUUGUUUAUUGUUCCAUGUUUCCCAAAGAUUAUGCAUUUACAAAGGAUGAGUUGGUCUCGCUAUGGAUGGUGGAUAAUCUAUUGGAACAUUCUAGUGGAAAUAUGACAAGAAAAGAAGUGGGAUAUGAGUAUUUCAAUGAUUUAGUUUCUCGAUCAUUUUUUCAACCUUUAAGUAGUACUUAUAAGAGUGAACAUUUUGUGAUGCAUGAUCUUAUGGUUGACUUGGCUAAUUUCGUUUCGAGAAAAAAGUUUAUUCACAUAGAGAGAAACAAGUCGUGUGAAAUUGGAUUGAUAAAGCAUACACGACACAUUGCCAUAGAUGGGAAGAAUGAUUUCCAUGAGUUAUUCAAGUCAAUUUCUGAAACAAUUUCUUUGCGUACAUUUUUGCCUCUUGUCUCAUCGUUGUACGAAAUGAACAAAAUAGAGCAGUAUGUGUUGGAAGAUUUGUCCAAGUUGAAGCGUUUGAGAUUUUUAUCUCUUAAGGGUUAUAUACACGUCAAUGAAUUGCCUAAUUCAAUUGGUGAAUUAAGGCAUCUCCGCUACUUGGAUGUGUCUUACACUUCAAUCAAAGAGUUGCCCAAAUCUUUCUGCUUGUUGUACAAUUUACAGACAAUAAAGAUACUUGGGUGUAAGGAUCUCACCAAGCUCCCUAAAACAUUUCAUCAUCUAGUUAAUUUGAGAUAUCUCGACAUCGACUGUCCUAAACUUUCUACUUUCCCACCACUCGGGCAGUUACCCGCUCUCGAAACUCUUUGGAUUGAAAACUGUGAUGCAAUAGAGACAGUGGGUCUUGAGUUUUAUGGGACUACUUCCACACCAUUUGUAUCAUUGGAAACCUUGGAAUUUAGAGGAAUGUCAAACUGGAAGGAGUGGUCAAUGCCGAAACCAAAUGCUGAAGCUUUUCCAAAGCUAAAAUCACUUGUUAUAAGCGUGUGUCCAAGCCUCGGAGGAGAUUUGCCAUACCUCUUACCCUCUUUGACAGAGCUUCGAAUUUUUAAAUGUCCGGAGCUUGGUUCUUCGCUUCCAAUGAUGCCCAAUGUUAAUGAAGUAAGCAUCCACCAGUGCGCGAAGCUUGCAGGAUUCAAAUCAUGCAAUGGUGUUCAGAAUUUUGAUCAAAGGUGUGUUCCUGCCAACUUGAGAAACCUAUUCAUCAGCCAUUGCGACAAUAUAGAGUUCUUACCGCCCUACGAAUACGAAUCCCUUCAACAGCUUUCAAUUGAGAAUUUUUCAAGCUCCUUCGAAUUGCUUCAUAUAGGUUCCUUUCCCAACAUUAGGAAGGUAGAAAUUCAAAAUUGUGAAUAUGUGGAGUCUUUCUCGCAAUUUAAUAGCCCCAUCAACUCUAUAUCUACUCUCUCUAUCCAUAGAUGUCCUAACUUCACAUUAUUACCAGAUAGCAACCUCCAUUGCCCAAUUCUGACUCAAAUGGAGCUCUCUGAUUGCAGCAAAUUAAGGUUUCUCCCUGAGAAAUUGCCUACUCUCCUCCCUUCUCUACAAGAACUAGUUAUCUACGAUUGUCCAGAGUUGGAGUCACUUCCGAGAUUUGGGUUGCCUCUCAGUUUGCGUGAGCUCACCAUUAAAGACUGCGACAAGGUGAUUGCGUCUCGAAAGAAUUGGAAUUUGCGAGCACUUCCCAAUCUGAUAAGCUUUGAUUUUGGAUGGUAUAAAGGUGAAGAUAUGGUGUCCUUUCUAGAGCAAGGGUUGCUGCCGACUAGUCUUACCUCCCUUAAAAUUGAUGGCGUUGCUUGUCUUAAAACCUUAGACGACAAGGGGUUUCAAGAGCUCACAUCCUUGAAAGAACUACACAUCUAUGGCUGCCCCAACUUGCAGUCACUUCCAGUGAAAGGGGUGCCGCCGUCUUUCGAAAGUUCACUGCCACCCUCUUUCGAAAGUUUCAUCUUGUGUGGUUGUUCUUUGCUUGAAGCAAACUAUGAAUGGAAGGAAGAAGAGUACUAUAAGAAGAUUUCUUGCAUCCCUCAGUCUCAAGUUCCCAUCAGCAGUCAGCCUCAGCCUCAAGUGCCCAUCAGUCCGCAGAAGCAAUCCUUUAGCUGGUUUGGGCCAAAAGCACUAUUGUUUCAAAUCGCUCUAACUCUCUUAUGUAUAUAUUUAUAUAUGUACUUCAAUCUGUGACAGCCGCAUGUGUGAACUGUGAAGUGAAAGAAAGUCCAGCCUUCAAUCUAUUUUUACAUACAUGUAUUGCUAGCAAAAAUACUUCUAUUAUUAUGUGUAAAGAUACAAAAAUUAAUAUAAUCGACACUUCAGGACACUCUGAUUUUGGAGGUCAUGGUGGAAGGGACUCUUUUAGAGGUAGAUUAUGUUGAGGGUCUAAUGCCACAAACAAGAGUUGUUUUGAAGAAAACUUUACAUGCUGUUGUGGUUGUUGUCCACAAGACUGAUGGACCUUCAGCUCGCCCAGAUUUUGUCAUUAAUCUUUUGAAAUUUUCUUUGAACUUAUGUGACAGAUGAACAGAUAUUUCUAGGAGUGGCAUUGUUGCAUUUCAAAUAUUAGAAUUAGUGCAGAAGAUUAAAGGAAGGCAUUUUUUGAGACUAUAUAAAAAGAUGCAUCCCUGGAUAAGGGUCUAAACCUGAUAAUCAGAAUUGAGAGUAGACAAAGGUUGACACGAUUACAAAGACUUCUAAGCUUGAUUUUUAUAAUACCUGAAUUUAUUUGAGUAAGGAAGGUUCUAUAAAAUGUUUUGCGAUGGAGCAGACCAAGGUUGAUACAGCAUCAUCUUGUAUCUCUUCAUUGAUUCAUUUUCUAUAUGUAUUCCUCUGGAAUCUAAGUUUUUAGCUUGCAGGACUUUUAUUUUGGCUAUUGGAUGUUAGAUAGUAAUCACACGACAUUUUUGAGUUGCCCAGUACAUCUUACAAUGAGGCUUUGAGAAAUAUGUUCCUAUGAACUUGCUUAAUCUUGUAAUCAUUUGAAACCAUAGUUAUUUGCUUUAGAAUGUUUAGCAUAUUAUAGUCCAAAAACACUAUCUAACUUCCAUGGAUGGAUAACAUUUCCUUUCUACUGAUUUGUGAAGUUUGAUUUUACUCUUGCUUAACCAUAUCUUGUUAGAAAUAUGUAAGUAGUGCAACUUUUGGGAAUUUUCCAAUUGAACUCUUGAAUUGUAUUGCUUUCCUAAGAUUCAUUAGCAAAAUCACCUAAAAAUGCAAUGUUUGAGGACUGGCUAUGAAAGUUGAAGAUGGCGAAACAACAGAACAGAUACAUUCAUUGUUAGUAGAAUAGUAGAUGUGGUACCUUAAAUAUUACAAUAUUGAUAAAAAAACAUAUAAGUAUAUAUAUUGUUGACAGUUAGAGAAAUAGAGUAUUAAUGAUUUGAUCUUUUGGGUUUCCUAGGGGCUUAGGAAUCGUUUCCUAUUCUGUAUUUAAUGGAGUGAUACUUGUAUAGCCUAUAUAUAGUGCUAGCCAUAAGGUGUAUAAAAAUAUAUCAGAAAAUAAAAAGAUAGUGGAGGUGAUUAGUUCUCACCAUUUUUCACAUGGUAGCUCUUCUCCGACCCUCUCUGUCCAUUCCAGCAACUGCCAUUUUUUCCGGCGAAUCCGUCUCAGUCACCGAUCUCGGCAAGAACCAGUCCGACGUCCGAUCACACGGCCAGCCCAACUGCUGAAGCCCUCGGACGGCCAGCCAUGACGCAACCCGACCCCUGUCGCUCUACUCCGGCGUCGUCUCUAGUCAAUACUCCGGCAUCGCACAACCCCAGGCAGCUCUCCAAAGGUCUCGGGCAAUCCAGUCCGGCGUUGCGACACUCUGGCAAUUUUUUUUUUUUAACACUUGGCCCCCCGUAUCCCUCAGAGUCUCUCUCCAGCUACUGUUCCUCCAGACUAAAGCCCAGUAGCCCAAGGUACUCUUCCAGGCCCAAGUUGUUGUUCCAAGCCCAAGCUUUUUCCCAACUGUUCCAGGCCCAAUUUUUUGUUUUGUUUUGCUUACUGUUCAAUUGCUCAGAGUAGUGCUGAGGCUUUCAAAGCAAUAGCAAACAGACUAUUGUGAUAACAAGGCUGCCAUCAGAAUUCCUAAUAAUCUCGUCUAACAUGAUUGAACAAAGCAUGUGGAGAUUGAUCGUCAUUUCAUCAAGGAAAAGCUUGAGGCAGGAUCUAUUUGUUUGCCCUUUAUGCCAACGUCUUUAUUGAUCGCUGACAUUUUUACGAAGGGAUUGUUCAAACCAAGUUUUGAAUCUUGUAUUAGCAAGUUGGGAUUGAUUGAUAACUUCAAUCGAACUUGUAAUGUCCCACGUCACAUUGGCUGCUUCCUAGAAUGACGACUAACCCUACAAACCAACACGAGUCUUUCCAGCGUGUUUUGUCCUCAGUCGCACGUUUUCUGGAAAAACUUCCCAGGAGGUCACCCAUCAUAAGAUUGCUCCAGGUCAAGCACGCUUAACUUUAGAGUUCUCAAGUGAUGGGCUACCGAAAAAAAGAUGCAUCUUGUUGGCAUAGGUAGUACUCAUCAAUCUAUUUAAGCCUUAUUCAACUGUGUAGUUUCAUACCUACACAGUAUUAGAAUCAUCACACUUCACCUUCCCUGGGCGAUGUGGUAUUGUACAGUUUUUUACCCAGUCUUUCCCCCUGUGGAUUACGGGAUUCUAACCGUCACAAUCACCCCCUUUAGGAGUCUGCCGUCUCUGUCGGCCACACUUCUGGCUGGGUCAAGUCUCUGAUACCAACUUGUAACACCCUCGCUUAUUUUAGCUAAAACCAUAUCUAAGGUGUUACGUUUUAAAACUAUAUCAUAAUUACUUUCAGAGGAAGUCUGAAUUUUUUUUUAAAGAAAACUUAUUUCACAUUAUUUAUAAUAAACAUAACUCCACACUUUAUUACAAACAUACACACUAAUAAACUGAAAUAACCUACAAAAGGUCGAUAUGUUCAUAUGUGCAAAUCAGGGUUAGGACCAUGCUUCAGUUCUCCUUUGUCAUUCACUCAUUUCUUUCUCUACCUGCAACACAAGACAACUGUGACCUUAAAGCUCAGUAAGUAAAGUAAUGCAUGCAAUGCUAAUGAUUACCCAAUGUCAAUGAACAUACACAACUUUUUAAAUUUUGGGCCCCUUAAUAUUGUGCACACUGUUUGAUUAGGCCAAUGCCUGCAGGACUUGUUACACAUACAAUAUAAAAUCCCAUGGGUUCUCCUCCGGCUAGCCAUCACCACAGUAGGGCGCAUUAAAAACCUUAUUCCAUCGUUGCCUCAUCGGGCUCAAGAGUUAAGGCGGCCACACACUGUGAUGUCAAUACAUAUAACAAUAAUUCGUAUGGAGGAGAAAUAAAAACGGGAACAUAGCAAACAAUAUAAUUGGUUCACUGAAACCUAGCCCAAAUUAUUGGGCUGCCACUAUGAGCCUAACUAUAGAUCUAUGUUUACACUUACAAUCUCAUUUGCCUUUUCAAAACAGUGGCACUGAACUUAAACUUCUUAUUACAACUUACUUUUAUGUUGCAUAAAACUUGCCAAUGCAUCACAUAAUAUCAUGCAUGGUCUUUUAUCAUACAAUAAUUCACCAUAUUACUAUUAUGUCAUGCAUACAAAUUUAUGAUGAAGUGUCAAUGUAUGUUAAUACCACUUACUCACAACAUAUUCAUAUAAUGCAUACUUUCACAUAACAUGGAAUUCUUCUGUUGCAGUUGAGUACUUCACUUACCUUCUGUCCAAAACAUAUUUCAUUGUGUAACAAGUGGUGUCUUAGGUGUUGAUGUGCUUAUCCUGCAAAUGGCAAGAAUUUCACAUCAUAAUGAUGGCAGUAAGGUAUUGAACUAUCAUUUAAAAAUAUCCAUAAAACAUCAUAUCUAAAUCAUGCCUAAAUUGCCUUAAACCACUUGGAUCGAGCGUUAGAUUUAUCUUAGACACUUGGAGAAAUUUUGACAGAGUUUCUCCUUAAUUUUAGCUAUCCCCAAAUAUCAAAAUCAAUCAUUAGUCAACAUCAAAUAACUUUCCAUAACCACAUAUCCCAAAUACCAACAUAAUUCAUCACAAAUUUAUCAUAUACCGAUUUUGAUAAAAUUCUAAAUUUCCAAGAUCAUCACCCAAAUUAAAUGAGUCAAAGUCUAUUCAAACAUUUCUAAACAUAUAUAUUCUCUUAUAAACUCAAUCAAAUAAUAAAAAAUCAGUUUGUACUCCAAGAACCACAAAAACCUCAUAAUACACAAAAUUUCACUUACCGAGCAACUUUUUGGCGAAAGCAAUCUAUUCUAGCUUUUCUAAACCUCAAACCACUUGGAAACCAUUAAGAAAUGUCUUUAAAAAAAAUAAAACACCAUCGAUAAGCUCCCAGCAAAAUUCAAAAACGUGGUUUAACUUCCAAGUACAAGAACUUACCAUAAAAAGGCCAAAACUAAGCUUAAUCCACUUCUUUGGCUUUGAUUUAACUUGGAUCUUCUUAGAAUCUCUUCAAGCAAGCCAAUAAAUGUUUUUGGUUUUCUUUUCUCUCUAUUUUUCAGAGUCUUUGGUCGUGGAAAGUGAUAAGGUUGAUGACAAUCCUUUACUUUCAAUGAUUUGGCCUUAUUGUAUCAAAAUUUGAUACUUUUCACCUUGUCAUUUCACUUUUUGACUUAUGAAAAUCUUAUCACUUCAAUAAUUUCGACAUAGUCAUCUGCUAGGCCUAUUUUCCUUAUGCGUGAAACACUCACACCAAACCUUAGGUCCAUAUGAGUUCAUACACAAUAGUUAUGAUUACUCGAUUGAGCGUAGUACACUUAUGCUAAGCUCGUUUUGACUUUGCGUCAACACCACUGAUUAUGUAUACCUCCCAUCAAAACUUGAUCUAAUGGUUCUAAAACCAUUUUUACUUAAUCAAUGAGACCUUAAUCAUACCUCAAUUUUAUGUAGUAUAUCCACUAAUACUCAAUUUUACACCGAAAUACUAGUAAUCAACAUUGUACUAUUUUUCACCGCUUAACAUCUUUUGCCUUCUAUAUCUCACUUUUCUCACUUGAUUUCAUGUCUUGUCCAUAUUUGUCAUCAUUUCUUAUAUCUUAAGCACAUAAAACACCUAUAGAAACAACUCAAACGCCACAAGGUUAAUAAUAUUAAACAUACACAUAGACAUCAUUUACACAACUUUUAUACUUAUACAUGAAAAUAUUUAUAAGAAUAAGCAUAUGCUCAAAUUACACAUAUUGUAUGAUAUAUAAUGAAAUGCAAUCAUGUGAUUAUUGGCUAUAUUAUAUCAAAAUAAUGUGGGUGCUACAAUCCUCCACACCUUAUAAAAAUUUCGUCCUCGAAAUUCUCUUACCCAAAUAACUCUGGGUAUUUGGAUCUCAUUUCAUCUUCUCGUUCCCAUGUCAUUUCCUCAAUAUUUGAACUUCUGCACAAGACCUUAACCAGUGAAAUCUUCUUAUUUCUCAACUUUUUCUCUUUUCCGUCAAGAUUUUUCACUGGUUUUUCUUCAUAUGUUAGGUCCUUUUCAACUUCUAUUGGCUCGUAAUUUAGCACAUGUGAGAGAUCUGGAAAAUAUUUUCUCAAUAAUGAUACAUAAAAAACAUUGUGGACAUUCGACAAUGAUGGUGGUAAUGCCAGUCUAUAGGCCACCUUUCCCACCUUUUCUAAUACUUCAAAAGGUCCAAUAAAUCUCGGGCUUAACUUUCCUUUCUUUCAAAACCUCAUUGCUCCCUUCACAGGGGCAAUUUUCAGAAUAUCUUGUCCUCAACAUUGAGCUCCACAUCUCUUCGCUUUCGAUCAGCAUAACUCUUUUGUCUACUCUGAGCAGUUAACAUUCUUUUUCUUAUUUUCUCUACUGCUUCAGUUGUCCUUCUGACAAGAUCUGGACCAAGAUACUUUCUUUCUCCCAUUUCAUCCCAAUGAAUUGGUGACCUGCAUUUUCUACCGUGUAACAUUUCAUAUGGUGCUACACCAAUCGUUGUAUGAAAGCUAUUGUUAUAAGAAAACUCUAUCAAACACAAAUACUUCUCCCAUGAUUCUUGAAAAUCUAAGACACAAGCUCGGAGCAUAUCUUUAAGAGUUUGAAUGUUCCUUUCAGAUUGUCCAUCAGAUUGGGGGUGAUAUGCUGCAGUAAACUUUAAUCUUGUGCCCAAUGCUCUUUGCAAACUUUCCCAAAACAAUGAAGUAAAUAGAGCAUCCUGAUAUGAAAUUAUAGAUACUGACACUCCAUGUAAUCUAACAAUCUCCUGAACAUAUAAUUCAGCCUACCGAUCCAUAAUAUAAGUCAUGCAUACUGGAAGAAAGUGUGCUGAUUUGGUAUAUCGGUCUACUAUAACCCAAAUAGCAUCAUGUUGUUUAGAAGUCUUUGACAAUCCAACUACAAAAUCCAUGGUAAUCUCUUCCCAUUUCGACUCUGGUAUCUGUAUUGAUUGUAGUAAUAGCCUGCUAAUCUAAAAAAACUCCUUACUUCUGAAACCUUUGUUGGUCUAUUCCAUUUACCAUCAGCUUCAAUCUUUGAUGGAUCCACCAAAAUACCAUCUUUUGAGACUAUAUGGCCCAAAAAUGCCACCUUCUCUAGCCAAAAUUCAUAUUUCUUAAAUUUGGCAUAUAGUUGUUUUUCUUUUAAUUUCUCCAACGUGAGUCAGCCUCCGGGUUUUGAAGAAUCUUUCUAUACAACCAAAGUCUAAGCUAAACAAUUCACUCUAUGGCUUCAAACAAUCUCCUCAAGCAUGGUUCAAUCAUUUUCUGAAAGCAGUCAAAGGGUUUGGAUACAUGCAAUAUCAAACUGAUCACACUUUCUUUAUUAAGUAAACACUCAAGAAAGGGGAAAAUGUCAGUGUUGAUUGUGUAUGUUGAUGACAUGAUUGUCAAUAGUAACUACACUAAAUAAAUGACUUCAAACUCCUUUGCCAACAUUUCUUUUCAAGGAUCUCGGUGCACUUGAGUAUUUUUUUGGUAAUGAAAUUUGCUAGAAGCAAAAGAGGUAAUAAUGUGUCCCAAAGAAAAUAUAUUCUUGACCUGCUGGUUUACUACAAUCAAUACAGAUAUCAGAGUGGAAAUGGGAAGAGAUUACCAUGGAUUUUGUAGUUGGAUUGCCAAAGACUUCUAAACAACAUGAUGCUAUUUGGGUAAUAGUAGACCGAUAUACCCAAUCAGCACAUUUUCUUCCAAUACGCAUGACUUAUACUAUGGAUCAGUGGGCUGAAUUAUAUGUUCAUGAGAUUGUUAGAUUACAUGGGGUGCCAGUAUCUAUAAUUUCAUAUCAGGAUGCUCGAUUUACUUCAUUGUUUUGGGAAAGUUUGCAAAGAGCAUUGGGCACAAGAUUGAAGUUUACUACGACAUAUCACUCCCAAUCUGAAAGGACCAUUCAAACUCUUGAAGAUAUGCUCCGAGCUUGUGUCUUAGAUUUUCAAGGAUUAUGGGAGAAGUAUUUGUGUCUGAUAGAGUUUUCUUAUAACAAUAGCUUUCAUGCAACGAUUGGUGUAGCACCAUAUGAAAUGUUAUACGGCAGAAAAUGCAGGUCACCAAUUCAUUGGGAUGAAAUGAGAGAAAGAAAGUAUCUUGGUCUAGAUCUUGUCAGAAGGACAACUGAAGCAGUAGAGAAAAUAAGAAAAAGAAUGUUAACUGUUCAGAGUAGACAAAAGAGUUAUCCUGAUCGAAAGUGAAGAGAUGUGGAGUUCAAUAUUGGGGACAAGGUAUUUAUGAAAAUUGCCCCUAUGAAGGGAGCAAUGAGGUUUUGAAAAAAAGGAAAGUUAAGCCCGAGAUUUAUUGGACCUUUUGAAUUAUUAGAAAAUGUGGGAAAUGUGGCCUAUAGACUGGCAUCACCGCCAUCAUUGUCGAAUGUCCACGAUGUUUUUCAUGUAUCAUUAUUGAGAAAAUACUUUCUAGAUCUCUCACGUGUGCUAAAUUACGAGCCAAUAGAAGUUGAAAAAGACCUAACAUAUGAAGAAAAAUCAAUGAAAAUUCUUGACAGAAAAGAGAAAGAGUUGAGAAAUAAGAAGAUUUCACUGGUUAAGGUCUUGUGCAGAAGUUCAAAUAUUGAGGAAAUGACAUGAGAACGGGAAGAUGAAAUGAUAUCCAAAUACCCAGAAUUAUUUGGGUAAGAGAAUUUCGAUGACAAAAUUUUUAUAAGGUAUGGAGGAUUAUAGCACCCACAUUAUUUUGAUAUAAUAUAGUCAAUAAUCACAUGAUUGUAUUUCAUUACAUAUCAUACAAUAUGUAUAAUUUGAGCAUAUGCAUAUUCUUAUAAA